ACCUGGAGGGUGCACAGCAGGGCUAAUUACUGCAGCAGUGCAGGAGUUAAGAGAGCCCUGAGAGUUCAGGAAGGGGGUUGGUAGACACACGUGAGGUCUGCAAGAGAGAAGUGUGUUUGGAAACUGCUCUCCUGACUGGGAAUCAAAAGCUUUGUAAGGCUAGGUGAUGAACAUUUUUCUUUUGGUUGAAAAAACUCUUGAUGUGAAAAAGAAGAAAGACACAUACGACCCAUCUGCGGUGGUUCUUUCCAGUUACAUUCUCUUGCUCAACCUAUUUGUGAUCAGCCUCUUGCUGUCAUGUGGAAUACUGAUGAAACGUGGCCACUUGGUUAUCCCAUUUCUGGCUCUGCAGGUCUUGGACCUUAUCAGCAGUUCAUUGAUGCUUUGCAGCAUUUAUAUGGAACAGACUUCAAACCAAGUCCCUCAAGGAGUAACAAUAAAAGAUAAAUUGUUAGAUCCCUUGCUGCAAACUCCAGCACAAAUAGUCUUUGACAUGUGCCUCAAUUUGCUGAUUCAGUGCAGUUCCUUCUCUGUAUUCCCAUCUUACUUAAAGCUUGAGUAUUUUAGCUCCAUGAACUAUUUUCCUAAGAAAAAUGGAUCUUCUCGGAAUUACGUCAUGGACCUGGUUAUCUUCAACAUCAUGUACAUUUCAGUCCUCAUUUUAAAGGCAAUUUUUAUUUACCACAUAUGGAAAGUCUUUGUAUCCCUUCAUCAUGCAAAUACUUCCAAAGAUGAAGAUGCAAAAAAGCAGCAGGAAAUCUCAAAGGUUGUGUUGCCCUCUUAUGAGGAAGCAGUCAGAUCAGCCACCAAAUGCCCCUUUCCAUACUCUACGAAAGGACCAACCAAGCAGUCUUUUUCAGCUACUCAACCAGCACUUUGCUAGAAUGGAUGAUGACAAAAACAGCCAGAUAAAUGUGCAGAGGGAAAAAAUAACAAUAUAAUAACAGUGUCUUCCCUUAUAAUCUCAUGUAUCACACUUUAAAGCACACACACCUAAAGAACAUUGAGGACACAAAGGUACAUUUACAAACUGCAAAGUUAGUGGUUGGGUUACUGCAUUUAGACUGAGACUUAGGGGCCGAUUCACUAAGGGUCGAAUAUCGAGGGUUAAUUAACCCUAGAUAUUCGACUGGGAAUUAAAAUCCUUAAAAUCAAAUAUCGAAGUCGAAGGAUUUAGUGUAGAUAGUA